GACGGUGAGCGGCGGCGGCGGCGGCGGCGCCGAGAUGCUCACCGACAGCCUGGUGGAGGAGUUCGAGAUCCGAGAGGAUGAGCCGUGGUACGACCAGCAGGACCUGCAGCAAGAUCUUCAUCUGGCUGCUGAACUGGGAAAGACCCUUUUGGACCGAAACACGGAAUUGGAGUCCUCUCUGCAGCAGAUGUAUUCCAAUAACCAGGAGCAACUGCAGGAAAUAGAGUAUCUUACCAAGCAGGUGGAUCUUCUACGUCAAAUGAACGAUCAGCACGCCAAAGUCUACGAGCAACUGGACGUCACGGCGAGAGAACUAGAAGAUACUAAUCAAAAACUGGUUGCCGACAGUAGGGCCUCCCAGCAAAAGAUAGGAAGUCUCACGGAGACCAUUGAGAAUCUCCAGACUCACAUCGAUGAACUGCAGAGGCAGGUGGAAGAGUUGAAGACCUCUGGGCAAAGCCACGUAAAUUACGAAAGACCCGAGCAGCCCAAAUCGGUCCAGAGUUUUCCAUGCCUGAAAGAACUGUACGAUCUCCGCAAGUAUUUUGUCUAUGAUCAUAUAUUUGCAGAAAAGAUUAUAUCAAUGGAUAGUCAACUAAGUCCCGUAGAAGAGGAAAACCAGAAUUUGAAGAAGGCCAUAACUCUCUUGCAAACUCAGCUCAAUGUGGAGAAAGAAAAGAGAUUGUCUAUGGAGGAAGAGUACAGUUUUCUGCUGAAGGAAAACACAGAUCUGGAGCAACAGCUGGUGGACAUCCAUCUGUACCAGGCGAGAGCCGAGGAACUGGAGACAGAAGUGGCUGAAAUGAAGCAGCUCUUUAAUUCUGGAAGCCCCUGUCUGAAUAGAAUGGAGCAACUUCCCCCCGAAUCUUUUUUCAUUUCUCUCAAAGACCCCUUAGAAAAAGAACUCAGCCACGGUCCUUGGGACGGGAUGUCCUUCAUCCUUCCUGAACUUGAGAAGAGGUCCCUCAAAAGAAGCACCAGCGAGAGCUUGCUCAGCAGUGGGGCGGGCGAGGACCUCUUCAAAGGCCACGAAGAGACCUGCAUCAGGAGGGCGGAAGCCGUCAAGCAACGGGGCGUCUCUCUACUCAACGAGGUUGACGCCCAAUACAACGCCUUGAAGGUCAAGUACGAAGAACUUCUGCAGAAGUGUCAAACGGACAAAGAAUUGCUGGACCACAAGGCCGUGCAGACCUCAAAACAGCGUCCCAAAGAUGUCCGUGGUGGGUGCAUACCCCUGGAGGGGGGUCUUAGGGAGCCCCGUUCCCCGACUGCUGAUUCAGCCAACUUCUCUUCCAACGCUUCUCCUGAAUAUAAACUUCUCUUCAAGGAGAUCUUUAGUCGUAUCGAAGAAACUAAAAAGGAAAUUGAUGAACAUCGGGCAAAAUAUAAGUCUUUCUCUUCUCAAUGUCCUUAAAAAAGUAUGGCGGGGAUCAAAAAUAAUAAUAUAUUUUUUUUCAUGAUGUUAUCCUUUUAAUGUUUCUUAGGGAACAAAAGAUGUACGUUUGGCUCAGGAUUGGCAGAUUUUCUGUAAAAUGGGUUGGAUCCAUUUGGUUAGUUCUACCGAGUUGGAAUCUGGUUGAUUCCGUCUCGCCCUGAACCAAGUUCUCUCUGGAGGGCGAAAUCUUUGACAACCAGUUCGCAAAUUAAUUUUAUUAUGCAACUCCAAAUUAACAAUUCUAGUUCUGCUGGAAAAAAACCUGACGCGUUAUAGAAAUGAAAACCACAGAGUUAUUACGCACAAUAACAAUUCUUCUGAACUUAAGACACUACCUGGGAUUGAAAACCAAAAUAUAGAUUUUUGGUAGUGUGCCAUUGUCAUGUACAACUGCAAGCAAACAGUUAAAACAUUGUGCACUCUGACAUUCCUUAAGUGAGGGAAUUUUACAGAUCUGUCACUUAUUUGAUAUGCUGGGAUGCCAUUGUCUUAUUUUAAAAUCCAGCGUGGCCUCUCAUUUAAACAAACAAAAAAAUGAAUUCAAGGAUUGGAAUAUAAUAUAUAUAUAUUGGAGAGUAUAAUUUGGCUGAUAAAACUCCUGGUGCGUCAACCUUCCGCUGCAUUAGAAGACUGAAUAUUACAAAACAGCCUCCAUAUAAAAGGUAAACUGAUUAGCAUAGAGCAAAAUAAAAAACAAGAGAGUCCCCUAUUUCACUUUAACUUAAAUCCUUCCAGCGUGUUUUCAAGGAUUUGAUAUUCUGGAAAUGGUCUACCACACAGCCAACUUGAGGCUAAAUUGGGAAGGAUUUAGAGCAGCUUAAGCCACAAAGUCCCUAUGAUCACACCAGCAAAUACGCUGUAUGUAGAACGGGCCAAAUAUUUAAUAUAUGCUGUGAUCAUAUUCCAUCCUUUCCUGCAGAAACUCGCAUCUGUUGCAAAGUCCAAUAACUCUGUAGUUUUAGAGCAAGCAUUUUACUAUUUUUUGUCGGAAGAAACGCUUGGGAACAGAAGUGGAGAAUUUAAAGUCCCUUCCCUUUAGUUCCACGUUUUUAAGAAAAAUUCAAUAGGUCAGUUGCCAACCAGUGUCACAAAAGGGGACUUGUUAUUUUUUUUUUCCAAAGAAAAGGGAUCUGUUUCAUAUUGCAUUCCUAAUUUAAAAAGAACAACUUGAGCUGCCUGCAAGAAGAAGAAAAAAAACAACACAAUUGCAGUUUUAAAACUCUUGCCUGCUGUUACAAAUUCACCUGCCUUAUCUACUGAGGGUGGCUUGUUCUCCUUCUAUUACGAGAUUCCAGGUGGAAACUCAACUCUGCCACAUGGUGUAUUUCCACUUACUACCAGUUUGUUUGGUCUUAUUGGGUGUUUUGCAAUUAAGGGCAAAUAAAUCCUUUCUACAAUGAA